AAUUUUCUACUGCUAGAAUUCGGCCGUCACACUGAUGCCUUUUCCUCGUCCUCCCUCCCGACCUCCCCCGCCCUAUGACCUUGCUCCGCCGCCGCUCAUCCGCCACCUCCUCCUCCGACCCCUCUGUUGCUACCCUGCUUAGCUCCUGCUGGACCCUCCGCGGCCUCGAGCAGAUUCACGCCCGCAUCAUCCGCGAGGGACUCGAGCAGCACCACCUCCUCGCCACUCGCUUCCUCUCCCUCUGCGACACCCUCGCCGCCCCUGCCUAUGCCACCGCCGCCUUCGCCCGCCUUUCCCGCCCCAACCUCAUCCUCUGGAACGCACUCCUUGCCGCCCACGCCCGCCACUCGACCUUGUCGGCCACCCUCGCCGUCUUCAACCGCCUCCGCUGCUUCUCCCCCCUCCCCCCUGACGCUUUCACCUUCCCCUCCCUCCUCCAAUCCUGCUCCCGCGAGCCCGCUUCCCUCCCCGUCGGCGCCUCCGUCCACGCCGCCGUCAUCCGCUGCGGCCUCGAGGUCGACAUCUUCGUCCGCACUGCGCUCAUCGACUUCUACGGCAAAUGCCACGAGAUCGAGGCCGCCAGGAGGGUCUUUGAUUCUAUGCAACAUCGAAAUGUGGUAUCUUGGACGGCUCUGGUUGUUGGAUAUCUAAAUUUUGGCGAUUUGGGUUCAGCUAGGGCUCUGUUCGAUGAAAUGCCGAAGAAAAAUGUGGUAACUUGGAAUGUCAUGAUUGAUGGGUAUGUCAAGUCUGGAGAUUUGCUUAGUGCUCGCAAGCUUUUUGAUGAGAUGCCCGAAAGGAAUGCAGUCUCCUUUACUUCGUUGAUCAAUGGGUAUGCAAAAGCUGGGGACUUGGCAUCGGCUAGGCUCUUGUUUGAGCAGUCGAAGGACAGGGAUGUUGUCUCAUGGUCAGCAAUGAUCUCAGGAUAUGCCCAGAAUGGCCGCCCUGGUGAGGCGUUGAAGAUCUUUCUCGAGAUGUAUGAUCGGAAAAUCAAACCCGAUGAGUUUGUUGUCGUGGGCUUGAUGUCCGCAUGUUCCCAAUUAGGUAGCCUUACGAUGGCCAAAUGGGUGGAUUCAUACAUUGCCCAUAGCUCAAUCAAUGUCAAAAGGGCCCAUGUCUUGGCUGCAUUGAUAGACAUGAAUGCAAAGUGUGGGAACAUGAAAAGAGCUUCUCUUCUCUUCGAGUCAAUGCCAAGGAGGGACUUGAUCUCGUAUUCUUCAAUGAUGCAAGGGUAUUCUAUUCAUGGGGCUGGAGCCAAGGCGGUGGAUCUCUUCUCUAGGAUGCUUCGAGAAGGGAUUUUGCCUGAUGAGGUUGCGUUCACAGUUGUCCUCACAGCAUGUAGUCAUGCUGGGCUGGUUGAAGAAGGGUAUAAAUAUUUUGAGUUGAUGAAGAAUGACUACAUUGUUGUUCCUUCGCCAGAUCAUUAUGCAUGUGUGGUGGAUCUCCUUGGUCGGGCAGGGAGGUUGGAAGAGGCUUAUGAGUUAAUCAAGUCAAUGCCUGUGGAGCCUCAUGCUGGAGCUUGGGGUGCAUUGCUAGGAGCUUGCAGGCUUCAUUGCAAUAUCAAACUUGGUGAGACUGUGGCAAGGAGACUUUUUGAAAUAGAGCCACAGAAUGCUGGUAAUUAUGUGUUGUUAUCAAAUAUCUAUGCAGCAGCUGAUAGGUGGGCCGAGGUGUCAGAGAUAAGGACUAUAAUGACAGGGAGAGGAAUUAGGAAGAUUCCUGGUUGUACUUGGAUUUAGAAAGAAGCAUAUUCUUGGUAUGAUCCUAUUAUUGACAGAACAUGCAAAUCUUGCUGCUGAUCUGUGGUCUGAAGAGCUUGCAUAACCUAUUUAGAUGCUUAUAAGGCAACAUUCAGAGAUCUCAGUUCAAAAAGCGAUUGCAGCAGUGGCAACAGAAAUUUUGGAGCAUCAUGCUAUUACCAUUACCUGAAUGAUUGGAGUUUGUUAUAUUUAUUGGCAUUGUGCCCUUGCCAUUACCUGGAUAAUUGGAGAUUGUUAUAUUUAUUGGACAACAGGCCCUGUUAUUCCCUGUUCUAGUGAUAAGAUAAAGAAUCCACCAAGGGAAGUUAAGGAUGAUGGCUUCGGGGUUAUAUUGAAUCUAAGUCUCCUGAACAGUGAACCUCUUUGUAUUUAUAUGACAAUUGGCCUUGUCAAUGAGAUUUCUUUGCUCCACCAAAGCAAUGAAAAACGAUGGCUGCUGGGAAUCUGUUGAUUCUAGUUUGCUGCCUGAUUUUGCACUCAUGAAAAGAGUUUGAUUGUGAGCAUAUCUAUGUACUAGAUUUGAUGAUAUGCAUCUUUUCCUCACAAUCCAGUAUCACAAAUACAAUACCAAUCAAUUGGAGACAUUUACUUCUAUCAAUCAAAGACAAAAGUGAAGCCACCCAUGCUUCACUGGACAUGAUUUUUGGGUGCAAUGUGAGAACUUGAUGCAUAUGUUCCAUUUUGGCAAUUCCAACAGAGAACCUAGUGAUAUUUUCAACCAACAGUAUUGUAGACAGAGGACAGAAUGGCACGUUAGCUACAGCUGGAACUGUGAAGAGAGAUUUGGAACAGAGUAGUAUGGCUUUGUACUUUAGAAAGAACAUAAUUUCUAUUGGUUUCCAUGCUAUCCUGCAGCAGUAUCAAUACUCAUAAAUUUUGAUUACUGUAUCCAAUUCAACAGCAGGCAUUCUUGUUUUAAGGAAAUAGUGCCUUUUUCCCAUUGAAACAGAAAGAAACAAUGGGUAAGGGGAGUUAUGAAUGUGAAUUUUCUCAAAAAACAGUAUUAUGAAUAUGAAACUUGAGAUUUUUCUGUU